UAGGAAUAUUUGCGAUUUUAGGGUUCUUGUUCAUUCUUUCGCCAUGGAGAACUCGGAGCUGCCGCACGACGUCCUCGGCCACCACGACACGCUGCGCCACGGCCUCCCGGCUUUGAAGAGCGAUGCGCUGCCGCUCCAUCCCGUCCAAUCGCUUCACCAGGAGAAGCUGAAAUUUGGGGCCGACACCAAGCGGAAGAUCGUCGAGAACCUCUAUGGCUCAGCGUUUGCCCUGAGAAUGGACUUCGAUCGCCAGAUCCUCUCUCGCUGCCAACGACCUGGGAAUCUACUCCCUUCCUCCAUGAUCGGUCUGGAGUCCCUCACUGGAACACUGGACGAGCUCAACUUUGAGAACAUCAUCUAUGAUCCUCGCGAUUCCAGUCGAUUCGUUCCUGUGGACAUGCACGACGCAAUGGAGCUCCGGCUCGGGCUUAACUCUCGAAAAAUGUAAUAGAAGGAACCCUUUAAAAAGUAUGACUUUUUCUA